UUCCUCCCUCCCCUCCCCUCCCCUCCCUCCUCCUUCCCUCUCCGUCAAUUCGUCUCCUCUGCCAUGACGAAUAUCCAUCCCGAGUCCCCAGAGGACUUCGAGUUCAUUGAAACUCCUCCCGCCUCGUGCACCACUCCCGCCGACGAUUGCGGUGUGCGGACAACCUCGUACCCGGCCAUCAAAAAUGCCCCCGUCCCUGCGGACUCCCAGGGCAGCGACAGCUUCUCCAACACGCUGCUCUUCGCCCUCCUCAUCCUGGUCCCAUGGUAUCUCGCUCGUCAGAUCGGUGGUGGUUUCUACACCACCAUCUUCUUGGCUAUCUUCACCACCGUUCCCAUCCUCAUGGCUUUCUGGUCUAUUGCAUCCUCCAUCUCUCCCCGCAAGAAUGAAAAGGCCAAGUAUGCCGGCCGCCCCGUCGAGUACUACCUGAACUUCCACAGCGAGCAUGACCGCACCGCCUACCGCGGAAAGAGCAAGAUCCCCAUGGAGGUCUUCUACGAGAAGUACUUCAAUGGCGAGGUCGACUUCAAGUGUGAUGCCCUGGAGGCUCUGGAGUUUAGACAUGACUGGGCCAACUUCCGCUUCACCAUGGGUCUCUACAAGCACUUCCUCUUCGGUUUCCUCCCCGAGAUGCUGAUGCACACCCGCUCCCAAGAUGAGGAGCAGGUGCGUGACCACUACGACCGCGGUGACGACUUCUACGCUUGGUUCUUGGGCCCCCGUAUGAUCUACACCUCCGGUAUCAUCAGCGACCCCGAAAAGGAAGAGACGCUGGAGGAACUCCAGGAUAACAAGCUGGCUGUCGUUUGCGAAAAGAUUGGUGUUAAGCCCGGUGACACUGUCCUCGAUCUUGGUUGUGGCUGGGGUACUCUGGCCAAGUACGCUUCGGUUCACUAUGGUGCUCAGGUCACCGGUAUCACUCUGGGUCGCAACCAAACUGCUUGGGGUAACAAGGGUCUCCGUAACGCUGGUGUCGAGGAGGACCAGAGCCGUAUCCUGUGCCUCGAUUACCGUGACGCUCCCCGGGUCCCCGGAGGCUACAAGAAGAUCACCUGUCUCGAGAUGGCUGAGCAUGUCGGUGUCCGUCACUUUACCUCUUUCCUGUCCCAGGUCUACGACAUGAUGGACGACGACGGUGUCUUCUUCCUUCAGAUCGCUGGUCUUCGCAAGUCCUGGCAAUACGAGGAUCUCAUCUGGGGUCUUUUCAUGAACAAAUACAUCUUCCCUGGCGCCGAUGCUAGCACUCCCCUUGGGUUCGUUGUUGACAGACUGGAAGCCGCUGGUUUCGAGAUCAAGAGCGUUGACACCGUUGGUGUUCACUACUCCGCUACUCUUUGGCGCUGGUACCGGAACUGGAUGGGCAACCGUGACAAGGUUGAGGCCAAGUACGGCAAGAGAUGGUUCAGAAUCUGGGAGUACUUCUUAGCCUACUCUACCAUCACCUCCCGCCAGGGUGGUGCUACCUGCUGGCAGCUUACCCUCGUCAAGAACAUCAACUCCACCCACCGUGUCGAGGGCAUCAACAACCAAUACGGCCUCAGCGGUGCCCGCCAAGCUGCGAUCGACCGCGCCGGUCACGGCGCUCUUCCCAAGGCCCACGUUCCUCCCAAGGCUUAGACGUAACCUGCGACAUCAAUACCGUGGGUCCAGCAGGCGUCUACACAUAGACUUCCUCAAGACCCUAGUAUCGGUCAGACCAGGAUAAUGUGUCAAGCACUGCAUCCCGCAAUGGAAUACAUUGGAGGGAGCUGCAAAAAUGAAAAAUGGGAAAAUUCAGAAGUGAAUACGAAGGAGGAUGACUAUUAUAUCUUAAUCUAAGGUAUGCCACGAAUAAGGGGUUUUUCAUACGGAAAUGACAGACUAGUUAUGUACAAUGAUUCUGAUUUAUAUGCCUUUCCUUAUCCGCAUCGGGAACAGGAAAGCUGUACUUCAUAUCAGAAUGACAUGUAAUAAUGAACCAUAGAAAAUGUGACGCAUGAGUAUGGUCUUUG